AUGCUCGCUCCAGUUACUGGUAUCUUUGGACUGCAAAAGGUUGGGGCUGUGGACCAUCAUCGCACACAAGGAUCCAUGUCUGUGGUAGACGAUGGUACUGCCACAGACAGUGACGCCUCGGCAGACUCACUUCGCGGAGAGAGCGACCAUGAAGAUGAGGACGAGGAGGAGGAGGAAGUGGACGACUCGGUCCGGGAAGAUAUGAAGAAACUCGAGGAUACAUUUCCGGGGAUCUCUGAUAGAUUUCGCCUGGUGAACAGGAUUGGUGAAGGGACAUUUUCAACGGUUUACAAAGCUGAGGACCUUUUGUACGACCAUUACAAAAAUGAUUGGGACACUUUCCAGGAAAACCAAAGCAGUAACUGGUCAAGUCCUCCAGCAAAGAGACGGCGAGUGGAGGAGUCGGUCAUCAAGCGGAGAAAACCGCGAUACGUUGCGCUGAAGAAGAUCUACGUUACCAGCAGUCCAUUGAGGAUUCAAAAUGAACUGGAGCUGCUCCAUGACCUUCGGGGCUGCCGGUCCGUGUGUCCUUUGAUCACUGCCUUCAGGCACCAGGACCAGGUUGUGGCUGUCUUGCCUUUCUUUCCCCAUACCGACUUUCGCAUUCAAUAUCGCACAUUCAUGGUCGCCGAUAUGCGACAUUAUUUCAGAUCCCUUUUCACUGCGCUAAACUCCGUCCAUAAGCACAAUAUUCUUCAUCGAGACAUCAAGCCAACUAACUUCUUGUACAACCCUGAGCUUCGCGAAGGCGUCCUUGUAGACUUUGGUCUGGCGGAAGUAAGUGUCCACUUUCAAAAGGUUCUCACUGCAGAAUUUCUCAUUCGUCUUUUCCAGCGCGAGGGGUCUGAAUAUACUGGCACCUGUCUUUGCGCCAACCCGAACUUUGUGCGUCGCACUCGGUUGCUGCAGAGCUACUACUAUACGCAUUGCUCUACGUCCACGCUGUCGACCGGCUACCCUAAGAACGACUCACGGCCGGCAAGACGUGCUAAUCGAGCGGGAACUCGCGGCUUCCGGGCGCCGGAGGUUCUUUUCAAAUGUACAUCUCAAACAACCAAGAUAGACAUGUGGUCUGCCGGCGUGAUUCUGUUAACCUUGCUUGGACGUCGAUUCCCUUUUUUCAACUCCGCCGACGAUGUUGAUGCCAUGAUAGAAAUGGCAAGUAUAUUUGGUACCCGUCGGAUGAAGACUGCAGCCGCCAUGCAUGGUCAGAUUUUCGAAACCAACAUUCCUACUAUUGGCGAAAAGGGCUAUGGCUGGGAGAAACUGGUGAAAUGGGCCAGUUGUGUGGAAGAAUUGACCGAGAGCGAGAGGCAAGCCACUCGACUCCUGGCUGGCCUCAUGGAGCUGGACCCGUACAAAAGACUAAGUGCCAGAGAAGCUUUGCUGCACGAGUUCUUCACCAAACCUAUAGAGCACGACGUGGAGUGGGGUGGACAUCCUGAGGACAGCCCAGAUACUGGGGACGACGAGGAAGGCGACAGAGAGGAAGGCGAGGCGGAUGAAGUAGCGAUGGUGUAG